AUGUUCCCGAGAAUACUGUUCCUGUCGCUCAUCCUGGCCUCAUUCUUCACAGCGGCGCUGUCAGCGGCGCUCGCAUACGCAACAUGGUCGAUAGCCGUCUUCCAGUUCCGGUGCAAGGCGCCAAACAUAGUCGAAUCCUACAGCGAGGACUGGAAAGAAUGGAGGGUCUCAAGCAUAUGCGUACCUGGAACAUGUUGCGCGAGCAGCGCGGCGACCGGGCCGCUAUGCACGCCUGAGGCGUGCGAGAAGGCCGAGCAGGAACGCCAGCGGAAGCUCAAGUCGUACAACGCCAUUCAGGCUUCGAAGAAGAAGGCGGACGAGGCGAGGAAGUCGAGGGAGAGCAAGAGCAAGCAAUCAGAGGCAGAGGCGAAGUGGAAGAUGUCCGACGCCCAGGCCGAAGCAGACAGGCAGAAAGCACUGGCUAAGAUCAAUGUACCAGCUUGA